AAAUUUAGCGGCGGCUUUACUUUGUUUUCACACUUUGCUUGACUGUAACGGUUCUUUUUGAACUCCUUUUCGUCACAUUACAUUCUAAGAUGCAUGUUAGUAUGUAUCUUAGUCAAAAAAUUUUCGCAUUUGUUUCACAUUCACACACAUACACACUUUUGGAUUAAGAACGAAAGCUCAAUACAGUAGGUAAUUGCAAGGGUAUCGGAUCGCAUAUUCAGGCCUUAGGUCGAAUGUUUUGCCAUGCCAAAAGUAAAUCCAAGGACUGACAUGGAUGAGCAACCGGAUUCGAGUCAAGACCAGACAAAUAGUGUUAAUGUAAAAUCCGAGCUAUUACAGCGACAGCAUGUACCUUAUAUAUUAAAUGGAGAGCUCUACCGUAUUGUUAGCCAGAUUGGUGACAAUGUGACCGUCAAGUGCUGUUACUGUCCACCGGACCGUAUUUAUCGCGGCAGCGUGCGCUCUACAGGCAACUUUCACAUGCACAUUAAGCGGCGUCAUGCAUCUUUGCUGGGCAAACUGCAUGAGAUGAAGGUGGCGGCGCUGGUGGAACGUCGUGAUCGCAUUAUGAAAAAUCGACGGUUUGCCAAAAAUAGUAAGAGAUCAUCAUCAUCAUCACCGUGUUUUGUGGAUACUCCGACGCAUGAGCUAAAAAUUAAAACGGUUUUUCAGCGUCACAAGCAAGAACACAACGAACAGGAAGAAGCAGCAGCCGUACGAACCCCGGAUUCUAUCAGUGCAUCCCCACCGCUCACUACCAUGAAUAAUAAUGAAAUAAAAAUCAAUCACAACAAUAAUGUGCUAAACUUAUCGCCCGUUGGACGGAAUGUUACCAAUCCCAGUCCCGUUUCAGAGCCUGAACCUGAUUUGACAUUCGUCAAUAAUCAAUCUGUAACCGAAUCGCUUACUUUGCCUAUUGAAAUACCACGCUUGCUGCCCUUUGGGCUAAUCAAGCCGGAGCAACAUCAGCAAAUGCUGCUUGAACAGGAGCAGCCGCAGGCAAUAGAUCUGAGCAAAACAUCGUCGUUGCAGGAUGAGGACCAUGAAGGCAAUGCUUUAUCGCGCUCUGCGCGGGAUGCUCAAAUUCAGGUUUCUGUUUCACACAACCAGAUGCUGGCUCCAUACGUCAACGGAGUAGCGCCACGUGAAGUCCUGAUCCGCAUUGAUAACACCCUGGGCGAUAUUAAGGAUGAGCUACAGACGCGUAAUCAGAUCGAACGCAAGCGUUUGCUUUUCGACAUUGCCAAAUUUCAAUUUCUACAUCCCAAUUUCAACUUUGAUAAUGCACAAUAAGGUAAAAGUUUUUCUAUGUACUCAAAAAUAAAACGGUCAAGUA